CUAAAAAUCUUAUUUAAAAUAAACGAAAAAUGGGACACCUGUGUAUACAAUAAUCUUGAAUUUCAAAAGUAUUUUAAGAGAUAAAUGGAAACAUCUUCUACACAAAAUUAACACUUAGAUAACCUCAACCUUCAAUACCUCGAAACCCAACGUUAAAUCGCAUGUUAUUUAUUUUGAUAAGAAAAGUACAAUCUGCGAUUAAAAUUGAAGACUGUAAACAUACCAAUCGAAAUAGUUGGUUUUCCCAAAGAACUCUGGUAAUCGCUUCUGAUACCAUCGCGAAUAACCAAUAGAAUUUAUUUAUUUACACCGUCAUCAACUUUGUAAAUAGUAUUUAAAGGCCGAUGCUUGACGACCGCUGAAGUUAGUUCGAGUUCAAACUCCGCAGAAGUAGCAACAAGAAAAUGAAAGUACUCCUUUUGGUUUGCUGCUCUUUAGCGGCCGCCGGUUUCACCGAAGCCAGAUUGUUCCGAAAUCGAAGAAGUGCUAAAAAUGAAUAUCGAAUGUGUGUUCCCGAAGAGAUUUUUGAUUAUUGCACCCAAAUGGCGCAGCAAAAAACGAAAAGUACGGCGAAAAUCGUUUGUAUCUCUGCGAGGGAUCGUUUUGAAUGUAUUGAGAAAAUUAAGAGAAGAGAAGCCGAUUUCUUAACGGUUGAUCCUGAAGAUAUGUACAUAGCGGCGAAAACUCCAGAACAAGAUUUUGCCGUUUUCGAAGAGAUUCGCACUAAAGAAGAACCUGAAGCCGAGUUUCGUUACGAAGGAGUCGCAGUAAUUCAUAAAAAUUUAAAACUUAACUCAAUAUCCGAUUUGAAAGGAUUAAAAUCGUGUCAUACCGGCGUUGGAAGAAACGUCGGUUAUAAAAUACCAAUUACUAAAUUAAAAAAUAUGCAAAUUAUCGGCAAGUUGAACGAACCCGGUUUAUCAGCCAGAGAAAACGAAUUAAAGGCGUUAUCUGAACUAUUUUCGAAAGCUUGUAUUGUUGGGAAAUGGUCCCCCGACUCUGUUAUCGACUCCAAAUUAAAAAAAAGAUAUAGUAAUUUAUGCCAACUUUGCGAACAUCCUGAAAAAUGCGAUUAUCCGGAUAACUUCUCUGGUUAUGAAGGUGCUUUAAGAUGUUUAGCUCAUAAUAAUGGAGAUAUUGCUUGGACUAAAGUUAUUUUUGUUAAGAAAUUCUUUGGGCUUCCUGUAGGGAACUCCCCAGCAGUUCCAACAAACGAACACCCCGAAGAUUACGCUUAUUUAUGUCCCGAUGGUACCAGAGUUCCAAUUGAUAAAACUCCUUGCAGAUGGGCAGCAAGACCAUGGCAAGGAUACAUGGGAAACGCAGAUGUUGUAAAAACCGUUGAAGAACUUCGAAGAAAAAUCGAAAAUUUAGACACUGAGGGUCAUAAAGCGCACGCCGGUUGGUUAGAAAAAGUUUUAGAAAUUUCAGAUAAAAACGUUGCAAAACCCAACAAAGUCAUUACACCCGGUGAUUAUUUAGACAAAGGAAAUUACACCGAUGUUGUUGAAAGAGAUUACGGCCCACCCUAUAAAACCGCAAGAUUUUGCGUAACAAACGACGAUGAAUUAGCAAAGUGCCAAGCGUUAACUGAAUCGGCGUUUACAAGAAAUAUUCGCCCAAGAUUUGAUUGUGUCCAAGAAAGAUCGAUUGAGGGUUGCAUGAAGGCUAUAAGAGAUGGGGCGGCUGAUAUUAUAACUUUAGAUGCGGGAUUAGCGAAUCGAGCUGAAAAAGAAUUCAAUUUAAGACCGAUUGUUUCGGAGACUUAUGGAAAAUCUGGGGGGAUUUAUUACACGGUGGCUGUUGUUAAAAAAAAUUCGCUUUAUAAAUCGUUCGCCGAUUUAAAAGGAGCUAAAUCGUGUCAUACUGGGUAUGCAAGAACCGCGGGGUACAACGCUCCUUUAUACACUUUAAUUAAACUUGAUUUGAUUAAGAAAACUUCGUGUCCUUAUCCCAAAGCUUUGGCGGACUAUUUUUCGGGAAGUUGUCUCCCGGGGGCUAAAAACCCAUCUCUUAAAUUAAACGGAGAAAUUGCUGAUAAAUUAUGUAGCUUAUGCAUAGGAAAUAAUGGAGAUAAAAGUACAAAAUGCAAUUUUGAUCAAUCUGAAAGUUAUUCCGGGUAUUCCGGGGCUUUUAGAUGUCUCGUUGAGGGCGAUGGGGAUGUUGCUUUUGUGAAACACGUCACUGUACCGGGAAAUACCGAUGGAAAGAAUAAAGAAGAUUGGGCCAUUAAUUUGAAAUCAUCAGAUUAUGAGUUGUUGUGUCCUAACGGGGGAAGAGCCCCUAUUGGGGAUUAUGAAAAAUGUUUCUUAUCCCAAGCACCACCUCAUAUGGUCGUUACAAGCAAUACAAAGAGUCCUGGGGAUAUUGAGGAGCUCCAAAACGUUUUGGUCGAUCUUGGGGAACAAUACACUGAGAGACCCGAUUUGUUUAAAUUGUUUGGAAGUUUUAAUGGAAGGAAGGAUUUAUUGUUUAAGGACUCAGCAAUUGGUCUUCAUGCUGUUCAUGACGAUCACGAGGCUUAUAAAGAAUACAAAAAGCUUUUGGAUGUUAUUAAUGGAUGUUGAAAUCUAUUUUAAUUUUAUAUAAUAAUCAGUCUUCUUAUAAUAAAUAACAGUAGUAAUAAGGGGAAAUAAAAUAAAAUUCGUAAACGAUCUUAUUAGAAGUGAUUUUAUUUGAAAAAAAUUCAAAUACAAUCAUCAUAACCCUAAAAAGUCGAAAUAUUAUUGCCUAUUAACACAA